AUGUCUAUCGUUACCGCGACCCAAGGCCCCGUCGAGGCUCGCUCCUUAUCCUCCAUUACCGCCAUCGCAUCCAACCCCCCGGCCUAUCCGCGCAAUCCCACACAUGAGAAGCUUGACCCACUAGUACUAUACAUCGUACGGGUUCCUGGAAGUCAAGACAUCUUCCUCUCUCCCGUCAAACCCCCCACCAAAUCCAGUGUCUCCGCAGAGGCCAUCAACGCAUCGCUUUUCUAUUUACACGUCGCGACACCAGAAGACGAUGCGCUACUACAGGAGGUCGAACGGGAGCGCGAGAAGGAAGCGCAACGCCGGAGGGAAGAGCUCGAGGCAGCUGGUCUCGAUGACCCAUCCCAGCGGGAGUUUGCCCGCCUGAACAAUCCUCGGAGGAAACCCGUGGGUAGGGCAGAAGCUGAUCCGGAUACUGCGCCAGCUUUGGCGCCAGAUAUUAUCGUUGCUCCGUCAGGUAAUUAUCCUCCUGCAUUGCCGCCACGCCGGCCAGCACCCAUGCCGCAGGUAUCUGCGGAGAAUAUAUCUUUUUCGGGGACCCCUGUCACCAAUGCGUCGCCCGGUCUAUCUUAUGAUCCAGUGAAGACACCGUUGGAGCCUGGAGCUCAAAGUCCUAUCUCGCGGCGGCCGUUAACUCGUCUACGGCCCACCGAGGCGCCAUUUGGCAGUCAAGCGGGCAAUGAAGCGCAAAGAAUGGAGAACCGGUGGAGCGCAUUCGUGGGGCAGGAUUCUGGUCCCGGAAGUGAAAUGGGGAAAGAGAGACAUGAGACUUAUGCGGCUGGCCGCCAUAGUCUCGAUGCAUACAGGCCACCACUACCACCUCGCUCGCCACAGCAUCGGACAAGAUCACCUUUAAGAAGCCCCGAACAAUCGCCUUCUAGACAGAAAAGAGCCCCUCGCCAACCCCUAAAUAAUAACGCAGGUUUUCGCCUCACGCUAAUCCGGCGUGACCCCGCGUCUGGUACGCAAUGGAACGUUGCGACUAUCUCAACCCCGCAUAUGGAUCACAAUGCAAUUGAUAUUGAUAUUACGACACCGGGAUACAACAGAUUUGCCGGGUCAAAUGAGCCGAUGUCACUUGCUAGUCUAGCUGCUAACCUCCCUGCGGGGUUCAUACGCACCGCCGGAUCUUCUAUACCUCCACAACUACACGCCAACCAACCCAGCGAGCUGCAACAGCAGAAGCAGCAGCCACAAUCAGGACCCCGCAAGUUCCAUCGCCAGCUCUGCGUCUCCAAGUCCCUAGAAGACCCCAGCGCAAGCUCUGAAUUCGGCAACGGACACGACAAAUUAAAGAGCGGCUACUACGUCUUCAACUCUCCCUGGAACGGCACCUGCACAUUCGCCAGCAGCGUCAACGGCCGCAGUCUCAAAUGCAAACACAUGAUUCCAGGCCCAAGCUCACCCCAACCCGGCGAAAACGAUCCCAACCCCGCCGUAACAGUAGCCGAGAUCCGCUUCAACACCCCCUUCCAAGCUGCAAACCUGCACUACCACGCCGCACCACGAUCCCACACCUCAAAUCAAUACUCACCAACAUCCACAUACGACCCUUCAAAUCCAGAAACCCACUCUAAACGAACCUCUCUUUCCCAAUUCCUGAAUCCAAAUAACUACGCCCGUCCCCGUGCUCACUCCGGUCCCAAUGCUCCUGUUUCUUCGAACACGCCUGACUCCCAAAGACAACCUUUUGAUCCUGCCGCUAUUCUUCGUCGAACCUCUCUACGUGCGGGCAAAUUCGCACAGCAGCAGACGAAUAGAUUCGGGCACCAGCAUUUCCAUCGCAGGAGCACGAGUACCAGUAGUGGAGAUUCAGACGAGGAUCGGUUGGACUUUUCGCUUGCGAGAGAGCUUGCUGGGGGUGGGAUGCGGGGGAAGAGUGCUAAAUUAGGCAAGUUGAUAAUUGAAGAUGAGGGUAUUAAGAUGUUGGAUUUGGUCGUUUCGGCCUGUAUGGCUGUCUGGUGGAGGGGAUAUUAUCAUUAA